AUGAGUUGCUAUGACAGGAACGUUUGGAAUGAAAACGAGGCUUUAUGUUUUCCUGUUAAAGUUAUGGAUUGGAUUCCUAUGGACGGUUCAUUCUCAAAGAAUACAGAUAGUUCAAGUGCAACAUUUACAGCAGCUUAUACGCCUAUUAAUGUUAAAAGUAUUUGGGCACUAUUUAGAAAGAAAGACAACUAUUAUGUUAAUUUUGAGAACCCUAAGUUUAAAUAUCUUCAGCUUUCCAUGGGAGCUUAUGGAAAUAUGCCUGCAGAACCCGAAAAAUCAUAUGGACCUGUAUUUUAUGAAAUGGUUGCGAACGCCUGCAAUACAAACAAUGAUAUGAUAGGAUUUAAUGAAGAUGUUAUGAGGUCAUUGGUGGAUGAUGGUAGUGUGGAACAUAAAUGGGAUAGCUAUGACAACACACAUUUCUUAUGUGGUUUUCCAACAGAAGUGGACUUUUGCUUCCAGCAAGGUCAAACAUCUACUGCUCCAAUAACAUACAAAUUGUCUGUUAAAGGACCUAUUGAACUAGCAACUGAAAAUGUACCAAAGCCACUUAUUGGAUUUAUGAGGGAUUGUUGCUUUGCCAUUCAGGUGCGUGCUAAUGGCAUCCCCAUAAUAAGAUUAGAUGACUAUAACUUAGCCGCGGACGACAGUGAGGAAUAA